AUGGCCGCUGAGUCACUGCCUUUCUCCUUCGGGACACUGUCCAGCUGGGAGCUGGAAGCCUGGUAUGAGGACCUGCAAGAGGUCCUGUCUUCAGAUGAAAAUGGAGGUACCUGUGUCUCACCUCCUGGAAAUGAAGAGGAAGAAUCAAAAACCUUCACCACUCUUGACCCUGCCUCUCUUGCUUGGCUGACCUCUGAGGAGGAGCCAGGACCAGCAGAGGUCACAAGCACCUCCCAGAGCCCCUGCUCUCCAGAUUCCAGUCAGAGAUCCCUGGCUCAGGAGGAAGAGGAGGAAGACCAAGGGAGAAACAGGAAACGGAAACAGAGUGGCCACUUGCCAGCCCGGGCUGGAAAGCAACGCAUGAAGGAGAAAGAACAGGAGAAUGAAAGGAAAGUGGCACAGUUAGCUGAAGAGAAUAAGCGGCUCAAGCAGGAAAUCGAGCGCCUGACCAGGGAAGUAGAGGUGACCAGGCGAGCUCUGAUUGACCGAAUGGUGAAUCUGCACCAAGCAUGA